AGCAUUGAACCAGCAAUAUGGGACUAAAAAAUUUGCUUACACCGGUACUGGGUCUGCUGUUAAUUGUGAAUUUCGUGACUGCCAUUCAAUGGGACUUCGAGUUUGGUACCAAGCAGCUUGUGGACGCUGCCAAAAUUUACGAAAAGGAGGGCACUAUUCAUGUAUUCCAAUAUCGCAAUUUUUAUUCGUUUAGCGUGCCGGUGGGCAUGCAAGUCUCAUACGUCAGAGUAACAGUGUGGGGUCUCAGCCCUCCAAAAGUGGAUUACAAUGAGAACACUCACACCGUUUCUAUCGUUUACUCUUUCAUGCAACUUACACUCAGCACAUUCAAAAUACAAGUGGAAGGUGUUCCCCUUUAUAUUGGCUCUAGUGACGUCUCCAAGGCCCUUACCCGUGGUUAA